CUCUUCUUCCUCCUCCUUCGCCAACGCCGCCGCUGCCAUGGGAGUGCAGGUGGAGACCAUCUCUCCUGGAGACGGACGCACCUUCCCAAAGCGCGGCCAGACCUGCGUGGUGCACUACACGGGAAUGCUUGAAGAUGGAAAGAAAUUUGAUUCUUCUCGGGACAGAAACAAGCCUUUUAAGUUUAUGCUAGGCAAGCAGGAGGUGAUCCGAGGCUGGGAAGAAGGGGUAGCCCAGAUGAGUGUGGGUCAGAGAGCCAAACUGACAAUCUCCCCAGAUUAUGCCUAUGGAGCCACUGGGCACCCAGGCAUCAUCCCACCACAUGCCACUCUGGUCUUUGAUGUGGAGCUUCUAAAACUGGAAUGACAGAAGUGGCCUCCUCCCUUAGCUCCUUGCACAUGGAUCUGCCAUGGAGGGAUCUGGGACCUCCAGACGGGUGCACAUGAAUCCAUGUGGAACUUUUCCUGAUGUCCCACCACUC